UACGUAAUCGCCAGCGUUACUGACAUAGCCUAUCUCAAAUUCUCAAUGGAAAAAAUGUCCAUAAUGGGCAGUGCCUCACCAGAAACUGAUUGCAUCAUAGCAAUACAACUCUGCCCUCCAUACUUCCAAAAUUAUACCUGCAACCAUCUUCAUUAUUCAUGGAUUAACAUCCACAAAAUCUUCCCUCUCAUGUCCGAUCUCAACCGAGCCGGCUUCUCUUCCUUGUCCUUCUCUUUUACAGCCCCGAAUCUUGCCAACCUCGUAUUCGAGGGCCCAUCCCGUUUACGUGAAGCCGAUUUCGAGUUAAAUCCGACCAAUGGUUCGAGGGAUAUCGGGCCAUAUGACUACUCAACUUUUGUCACCUUGGAAUCAAAAGAGUUCAUAAACAUAAUCACAGACUUUGAAUUUUAUCGUUAUGUUCUUGUUACUCUCACGAGCUCGCAAGUCAAAUUCUCGUACACGAGGUUUCAGACUAUUAUUACUCGUGAGAGUGGCCGAUGCGUUAUUGGAGGUAUUGAAGAAUCGGGUUUGAUUAAAUAUAUAAUCACUCUUCAUCCAAUGCAUACUUUCUGCAAUUUGGUUCGUCAAACUGAAAGGGUAUGGCUAUUCAAGUCCGAUGAAGCUGCCAAAGGUGUAAUUGCUGCCCCUCUAGGACUGCAUGCUCGAUUUGUGACCUAUUUUCCUGAUGAUUGGAAAGAAUGAAAUGGGAAAGUUUGUGUAGCCUUACAAAACUAUGAUCAAAUGCCAUUUCUUGACAUUCUUUUU